UGGAGAUUACUCAUAUAAGUAUUUGUUUGGCAUUGAUAUCUAAAACGCUGUUCCAAGUCGUUCCAAUUUCAGCAUGUAGAAAGAUGACAAAGGCAAUUUAUCAGGCACUAGCAACAGUUUCAGUAACCUUCGGUAUAAUAUCAGACGGUAUGCAUUAUGGGUGGUCGUCACCCGUACUGCCAAUUUUGCUGUCGGACAAAAGCCCGUUCGAGUUUCACCCUCGCCAAAUUGUAUGGAUUGAGGUUUGGUUACUUUUGGGAGUGCUGGCUGGUGUGCCAAUCGCUGAUGUCGCAGUGAAAAGAUACGGUGGAAGAAAACCGAUUUUGGCGGCUAAUGGUUUAAGCGUGACAGCAUGGAUUGUUAUCGCACUUGCUGGGACUAUCAAGCUGGUGUACUUGGCACGAUUCCUGGCCGGGCUGGCGGCGAGGGUUGCAUCGGUCGGUGCUUCUCUGUACAUUGCCGAAAUUUCCGACAAAAGAUCACGUCAGUGGUUGAACUCGGUGAUCAACGUGAUGAUGCUGUUGGGUGUCGUAAUUGUCUACAUUUUGGUACCUCUGUUGCCUAUUUUGACUUCGUCAUUGAUUGGGGUUGCCUUUCUAUUGUUGCAAAUGGUGAGUUUUCCAUGCACGCCCGAACCCACUCGAGACAGCGCCGAAGCGCAGGUUUUAGAAGAACCACUAAGGGAAGGCGAAAGGAUAACGUUUGGAGAGUUCAUAAAGGAGGAAAACAGCUUAAAGACAUUGCUAAUAGUAAUGUGCGUGAGUUGUUGGCAACAGUUAGCUGGCUUUGGCGUUGUCGUUAUGAAUCUUCACGCAAUCUUGACAGAUGCGCAUUGUGAAAUGAACACUGAUACAGUAGCGGUGAUAUUCGCUACAUUUCUGGUCGUAGCAACCCCUUUAGGCGUGGGUUUGGUUAUAUUCAUCACCGAAUACAUGUCGUCUGGAUCACUGAAACAGUUCCUAAAGCGUACAAAGCGCAACGUAAAGCGACUCCCCCUUCAAGCAUGGCGACGAUGGUGUAAGCAGAUCCUCUCCGCUUUAAGUUACUUGCAUUCCUGUUCCCCGCCAAUCAUCCACGGCAAUCUCACCUGUGAUACCAUAUUUAUACAGCACAAUGGCCUCGUCAAAAUUGGAUCAGUUGCACCUGAUUCGAUAAACCAUCAUGUCAAAACAUGCCCAGAGAAUAUUAAAAAUAUGCAUUUCUUUGCUCCAGAAUAUGGUGCAUCGGCAUCAUUAACUCCCGCACUGGAUAUAUAUUCUUUUGGUAUGUGUGCGUUGGAAAUGGCUGCUUUGGAAAUACAAGGUAACGGAGAUUCCGGUAAUAUUGUUACGGAAGAGAAUAUUUCGAAGACAAUUGACUCGCUGGAAGACGAACAACAGAAAGAUUUCAUUAAGCGAUGCCUCCAUUCGGAACCCCAAGAGAGGCCGACCGCCAGAGAGCUACUCUUUCAUCCCUUAUUAUUCGAAGUUCAUAGUCUUAAAUUACUCGCCGCGCACUGUUUAGCUAAGAAUACUGCAAACAUAUCGGAAACAAUUACAGAUGAGCUCAUGCAAAGGAUAUACAGUCCGGAUGUUAUAGUAGCCGUUAUAAAUCAUUUGGACAAACCGGCAACGCAAAUAAAAAUGUCGGACGUACAGGGUGCUGAAAAACUAGAAAAAUUUGUAGAGGAUGUUAAAAAUGGCAUUUAUCCGUUAACGGCCUUCGGUGCCAAACAACCUCCUCCGGCCAGAUCGAGGGCCAUUUCACCCGAAAUGGCAGAGUCUGUCAAGUCGGUCACACCCGAACCUCUCGACACGGAAACACGAAAAAUUGUAAAUAUGUUAUGUGAUGUAAAGUCUAUCGAAGACAGCUGUGAAUUAGCAAUGACAAUUUUACUGCGAAUGGAUGACAAAAUGAAUCGACAGUUGACGUGUAUUAUUUCAGAAGCUGAAACGCCCACCCCCACUGCGCUAGCCCAAGAACUGGUGCAUUACGGUUUUAUAAACGAGGUAAAUAUUUUAAGCGCGAAACACUUUUUUGUUCAUAUUUGGUUUCUUGGCCAUAUUUUAUUUACUAGCGCUGGGCGAACAAAUCAGCUUAUGGAUGAUAGUCCAUUAUUAAUCGAUAAUUUGGUAUUAAUUUUUUCAGACAAUGAGUCAUCUGAUUAUAGUUAUUUUUGUAAUAAAGUUACCCAAUAAAUAGUCGGGAUUCAA